UUUUCAGCCAGGACGUUGAGAGAUGAAGCGCAGGAGCUGCUGCAUCGCGACAGGAGUGGAGGCUGCAGCUUCGUUGACCUGAUAAAUCUUUGAAAGCGUGUGCUGGAAUUGUGUUGACUCAUUCAAAGGAUCAACUUUUAUUUCUUUGGGGAACCCGUUUCUUCACAUUCCGUUCAAGAGGACUUCUGUGAGAUUUCACAAUGCAGCGAAAGGACGAGCCCAGCUAGGGACCCUUAUAGCUCACCGCUGCUAGCUGUCAGCUGGACCAGCCAACAAGCGGCCUCUCGCAACGUUCUCAUCAAGGGAUUUGGCAAGACCCAAGUAGGUAGCAGUAAAUAUCCCCACUAUGGAUUUCAGCAAAUCGGCAACCUUGUGGAUUUUCUGUCUAUGUCUGUUGGGCGAGAGUUUAAUGGAGAAGCAAGGUUCUGUUGAUGCUGAACAGCAGCAAACUGACAGUAGUGUGUCAGAGCUCUGUCGCAUUGAUAAGCCUCUGUGCCAGGAUGUCAAUGCCAUCCUCAGCUACGAGGCUAUCUGCAGCAUCCACAAGCAGAUGGAUGACGAUGCCAACGGAAACGUGGACGUGCUGGAGACGGACGGGUUCUUGAGAGAGGACCUGAACUACCAUGACCCUAAAGCCAAGCACAACAGUUUCCAUGGAGACGACCAGUUCAUCAGUGUGGAAGACCUGUGGAAUGUGUGGAAAGGCUCGGAAGUGUUCAACUGGACAGUGGACGAGGUGGUGGAGUGGCUCAUCACCUAUGUGGAACUGCCGCAGUAUGAGGAGAGCUUUCGCAAGAUGAACUUCAACGGCACCUCCAUGCCCAGGUUAGCUGUGAAGAAUGCCACUCUGACCGUCUCAGUCCUGAAGAUCUUGGACCGCAACCACGUGCAGAAGCUCCAGCUCAAGGCCUUGGACACAGUCCUUUUCGGACCUCCACUGAUGAACAGACAUAACCAUCUGAAGGACUUCAUGCUGGUGGUGUCCAUAGUCAUAGGCAUGGGUGGCUGCUGGUUUGCCUUCAUCCAGAACCGCUACUCCAAGGAUCACAUGAAGAAGAUGAUGAAGGACCUGGAGGGCCUGCAGAGGGCUGAGCAGAGUCUGCAUGACCUGCAGCAGAAGCUCCAGAUAGCCCAGGAGGAGCACCGCACAGUGGAGGUGGAGAAGGUGACCCUGGAGCAGAAGUUGACCGACGAGAUCAACAGUGCUAAGCAGGAAGCCCAGCGGCUGCGGGAGCUGCGCGAGGGCACCGUGAACGAGCUCAGCCGGCAGAAAUACGCCGAGGAAGAACUGGAGCAGGUGCGCAUGGCUCUGAAGAAGGCGGAGAAGGAGCUGGAGUCGCGCAGCAGCUGGUCUCCCCCGGAGUCCCUGCAGAAGUGGCUGCAGCUCACGCACGAGGUGGAGGUGCAGUACUACAACAUCAAGAAGCAGAACGCAGAGCGGCAACUGCUGGUGGCCAAAGAAGGGGCUGAGAAAAUUAAGAAAAAGAGGAACACCCUCUUUGGGACCUUCCAUGUGGCACACAGCUCUUCACUGGAUGAUGUGGAUCACAAGAUCCUUGCAGCCAAGCAAGCGCUGGGCGAGGUGACUGCCGCCCUCCGUGAGCGCUUGCAUCGGUGGCAGCAGAUCGAGAUUCUGACGGGCUUCACGAUCGUCAACAACCCCGGCCUGCCCUCGCUGGCCUCGGCCCUCAACCUGGACCCCAGUUUCAUGGGCGGCCGGGCCACGCCCCAGCCUUUCCUCUUGUCGGACGACAUGGACGACAUGGAUGACGAGUUCGUGGCGCCAGGCACCCUCCAAUAUGCCACCAUGCUCAUGGAACGGCGAGCAAGUGACCUGUGGUCCCUCAACUCGGACAGCCAAUCCCUGUGGAAAUACUCGGCUCCCAGUAUGAUGUCCCUGCGCCAACGCCACAUUGACCCGCAGCUGGCCAUGGGCUCCCAGAGGGACCUGAACCGCUCGGACUCGGACUCGUCCCUCUGCAUCUCUCAGGUGGGCGAGCAGCUGCGUCUGACCGCCUCCUACGGCGGCUCCAAAGGCCUCGUGAUGAAGCCCACCUCCCUGAUGCACGGCGCCGGGGGGCGUGGCGUGGACGAGGCCGGCCCCAUGCACAGCGCCUACACCCCCAACGGCGGCGGCCGCGUGCCGGAAGCCUCCCCGGAGGCCGUCCCGGACAGCCCCAUCCUCAUGAAGAAGGCCUACGGCAUCGAGAAGUCGGUCAGCCUCGGCGAGAUCAACAACAGCAGCGUCGUCGCCGCCGCCCAGGCCGCCCAGCUCUCCAUGUCCGAGUCUUCACGCUCGCUGAGCCCGAACUCCACCGACCCGGACACUCCGUCCCCCACGGGGCUGCCGGGGGCGGCCGGGACCAAAGUCAGCAGUCGGAUCCCCCACCUGUCCUCCAAGAAGAGCCCCCUGGAGGAUGACAGUGGCUCCACGGGUGAAGACACUGACUCAGCCGCCAGCAAAAAGAAACACACCUUCAAGAUCUUUAAGAAGCAGAAGAAGUAAACAGAUAAAAAAAAUAAUAAUAUAAAAAAAAAAGAACAGGAACUCUGGACUGCUUAUAGCUGUCAAAAGUUUUUUGUUUGUUUGUUUGUUCUUUAUUUUGUUGUUGUUGAUGGUAAAAAAAAUAAUUUUCUGUUCUUGAUGCAGAUGUCCAAAUAUAUGUAUUCAGAUAUUUUUUUCUUUAUUUCACUGGUUACAAACGAUGGCACAAACCGUUGCCUUUUGAAAGUUUUGUAAGGUACUUUUUUCCUAGGAACUUUGGGAGCAACCAGCAAGUCAUUGAUGUCAUUGUAUUGCUUUUUUUUCUUUGAUUAAUGACAAAAUAUUUCCUCUCUUGGGUUGGGGGUGUAUAUGAUAAUGCAAAGCACUAUUUAUUCUGCAGGAGACAGUGCCAGUCUUUCAAGGGGAUGUAUCCCUUUUCAGACAAAAUACUUGUUGUUAUCUUGUUAUCAUUUUGCAUGUCUGUAGCUUUGAUUGAUUGAAAAUCUUGAAUGUUCUUAGGUGUUUGCUUGGUUCACAUCACUCGCACAGAAUCCAAAUAUUUGAGUUCUCAUCGUCACAGCUCCGCUUUGCUAACCUUCGUCACACCUUCCUGGCAGUAGAUAAAGAACACAUCUCUGAGCUAACCCCUGACCUUUGCUAGGAAGGUAGAAAGGGCUGAACUAUAAUAUGUGUCUGUAUGUACACGUGAUAACCUUCCUAAAUAUCUUGUGCUAAUGUUGAAUUGUUAGUAUUCUGCCCUGUAGGCGAAAAUCUAGUGACAAAAAAACAAAACAAUUAAAAAAUAAAAAAAUUUAAAAAAAUCACGUCAAGCCCCAGUCAUGGACAAGGGGAUUGUCGGAACACAUUUUUAAAGUGAUUUUUUUUAUUAUUACUUUUGAGACCAAAUCACUCAGACAAAAAAGGUAUCAAGCCCUGUUAAUUAAUAUGCAGAACGAUAAAAAGAAUGUAUUUUAAAAAGGUGUUAGUAGACUUUUUUUCCUUUCGUUUAAUGCUCUCUUAUCACAACAUAGUGGACUCCUGGGGCCAUACUCUGACUUUGGAUGCAUGCAGGAAAUGUCAGCAUGCACAAACAAAAGAGCAUCUUGGUCAGUAGUAGAUACAGUAGGCACUACAAGAGUAAGUUAUUUAUGUCAAAUUAUGAUAAACUUCCCUAUAGGUCCAUGUCAUAAUCACUGGUCUUAUCUGUUAAGUGCUUGUGUAUAUCCUAGUGAGCUGUUUUCUGUUCUUGAGUCAUAUUUAGAUAUUUGCCCUGAAAAAAUGUGGCUGGAAUGUAUCUGUCCAGAUCUGAAGUGCCAAACCAAAGACCUAGUCUAAAGAAAUAUGUGCCGGUUUUUUUCUAGUGUCAGUCUGAGUGCAGAUGUGUCCGAAGUAUCUGACAUUCGUUAAUGAGGCUUUUAAGAACAUGUUGUAAUUUCAUAUCUUUUCCAGAAUAAUUUCACCAUUUUGUAUAUUAUUAUGUGGUAAUAAAAGGUGCCUCCGGCACACCGGAUAUCGUGCGCCACACCUCACUCAGAUCCUCCGGUGCUGACCCCCAAGCACACUACUCUGAAAAAUGUUUACAUGGUAACAGUUUUUAAACUCUCUAAAGGGCCUGAGUUUGUAUUUUACUGGUUGGCACUAUGCAUUUGUUGUGUGUUUUUUCCCCCCGUUAAUGUUCUGGAUUGGCUCUUCCUAAAGCGUCAUAGUGCCUUGAUUUAUCAAAUUAUAUUUGGUAAUCAUGAAAUGGAAAAGAGUAUUUUUGUUUUUGUUUUCAAAAAUUACAAAAUAUAUUUUCAAAAAUUCUGAUCUGUUUACCUCCCAAAUUUCCUGAGGAAGCAUAACAGUGCUGCACAGGACUCCUCCCUCCCUUAUAGACUCUUCCCAGUACGGACUAGAAGAUGGUAUGGAUGACAGUGCUCCAUCAAAAAGUGUACGGUUUUAUUUCAUCAAGCAGUUUAUAAUAACCGUGUGGUGUAGGUCAUUUAUGAUGUGUCAUUUGUACCUCUCUUGCACGACAAAGCUACAAAUGGAUUUUUGCUCUGUGUGUCUGUCUGUGUGUGCGUGCGUGCGUGCCUGUGUGUGUGUGUGUGUGUUCAAGUGUGUAUGGAUGGAUAUGUGUGCGUGUGCCGAUCUAUAUCUGUUACCGGUAAAAUGCACUGCAAUCUGUUGAUGCAUGUUAACCUGUUGCAACACUCGUGCUGGGUCAAGGGAUCGAAAAAUAUGUGAGCAGUUAUUUAUCUACUUUCUCCCUUUGAGCUUCUAUUUGUGAUUGUGCAUUUGUACGGGAAAAAAAGGAAGAAUUUUGCAUCUUCUGUGACUCCAAGUAUUUGGAAUUUUAUGGCACUCCUGCAUGAUAGCAAUAAACAGUUUUAAAAGAAAAAAAAGCAAA